GCGCAUCUGGGUCUCACAUGUGUGCGUGUAAAAUCGCCGAUCUCGGUACGACUUUAAAAUUAAUUUAUCGCGAGCGUCCGAUGGUGAACUGGAAAGUGCAUUAAGAGACGAUAGCGACGCCGGUGUACGAUUUUUCAUUAUUAUUUUACUGCUGACACAAGUAGAAAAUCGUGAAAUGAGGUGAUCGUGCAAGAUGCUGACGAUUUUCUUGGGGUUUUGUUGCUUCGGAGGCGCCUUGGGGGCUCCGGAGGGCGAUUACGGAUACACCCCUAUUCUGGGGAGCCAAGAGAACAGUCGCUGCUACGACACUUUUCGUAGAGCUCAAAAGUGCAUUCCUCCCUUUGAAAACGCCGCCUUCAACCUGAACGUGGAGGCGACCAACACGUGUGGGGAGCACGAGCCCCAGGUCUACUGCGUCCAGACCGCAGGGCUAACGGGGGUGCGGAAAUCAUGCGAGACCUGCUACCCCGGGGCCCAUCAUCCCCGUUACAUGACUGACGUGCAUAACGUGAACAAUCUGACUUGGUGGCAAAGCGAGACGAUGUUAGAGGGGGUCAGUCAAGUCAACUUGACUUUAAAGUUCGGUAAAGCCUUUGACAUCACCUACAUGAGGCUCUGGUUCUACUCGCCAAGACCAGGCAGCUUCUACAUCUCCAAGAAAACUUCGGAGAGCUCAGACUGGGUGCCUUAUCAGUACUACAGCGCCACAUGUCGGGAUACCUACGGACUACCGGACUCGACCUAUACCAUCAGUGGCGAAGAAACCCGCGCUUUGUGUACCUCCGAGUACUCCGACAUCUCGCCAUUGCGUGGAGGGAACGUGGCGUUUGGUACCUUGGAGGGACGACCCUCGGCUUAUAAUUUUGACAGCAGUGCUGAACUACAGGAAUGGGUGACCGCCACCGAAAUAAAAAUCACCCUAGACGCGAUCAACACUUUUGGAGACGAGAUCUUCGGAGACCCGAGGGUGCUCCAGAGCUACUUCUACGCAAUCGCCGACGUGGCAGUGGGCGCACGGUGCAAGUGCAACGGACACGCGAGCGAGUGCGUGGCGAGCACCAGCUUGCACGGUACUACUAGCGUGCGAGUGUGCCGGUGCGAGCACAACACCGCAGGCCCGGACUGUGGCGAAUGUUUGCCGUAUUACAACGACGCGCCCUGGGCCCGAGCCACUUUGACGAAUGCGAACGAGUGCAAACAAUGCAACUGCAACGGGUACUCGGAGCGUUGCAUGUUCGACCAGGACCUGUUCCAGAAAACCGGACACGGGGGCCAUUGCCUGGACUGCGCCGAGAACCGGGACGGGGCGAACUGCGAAAAAUGCCGCCCCAAUUACUACAUGAGGGACAACAGGCACUGCGAACCGUGCGAUUGUGACGAAACCGGGUCGCUUUUUCAGCAGUGCAACUCGGAGGGCAGAUGCCAGUGCCGUCCGGGGGUCACCGGAGACAAAUGCGACCGUUGCCAAGAGAACUUCUUCGAUUUCACCAAGUUCGGAUGUAAAUCAUGCGGAUGCCAUCCCUCAGGAUCGGCCGGGAACACCCCCAAAUGCGAUUCGGCUUCUGGAAUAUGCCAGUGCAAAGAGAACGUGGAGGGCAGACAGUGCAAGUCCUGCAAACCCGGAUUUUUCAAUCUUGAUCUGGACAACGAGUUCGGGUGCACGCCGUGCUUCUGCUACGGCCACUCGUCCCAGUGCGGUUCGGCCCCUGGAUACUUCAAAUACCUUAUUGAGUCCACUUUUGCCAAAAGUGCCGAGAAGUGGAGGGCCCAGGACGAGUCCGGGGCUCCUCAUCAGGUGAAAUACGAACCCAUCAGUCAGAGCAUUGGGGUGAAGUCUGACGGGGAUCAAGCGGUUUACUUUAUAGCCCCUGAGAGGUUCUUAGGAGACCAACGGGCCUCAUACAACCAGCUGCUCGAUUUCUCUUUAAGGAUCGGCGAUCCACGGCCAAUCCCCACUGCGACAGACAUAAUUCUUGAGAGCGGAAGCACCUCCAUCACCAACACCAUCUUCGCCCAAAAGAACGGCCUACCUUCAGAGGAGACCAAAAACUACAAAUUCCGCCUACACGAGCAUCCGGACUACGGCUGGCAACCGAGGAUGAGCUCCAGAUCGUUCAUUUCGGUCCUCACCAACCUCACGGCGAUCAAAAUCAAGGGGACGUACGUCCCCAGAGGCGUGGGCUUCCUGGACGACCUCAAACUGGAAACCGCAUCGCGGGGAGUGUCUGGACAGCCCGCGCUCUGGAUCGAGCUCUGCGAGUGUCCCACAGGUUAUGUGGGACGGUACUGCGAGUCCUGCGCACCGGGCUACAGACACGACCCGGCCAUGGGCGGACCCUUCAUGAAAUGCAUCCCCUGCGAUUGCAACAGUCACGCGAGCAUCUGCGAAUCGGAAACCGGACGGUGCAUCUGUCAGCACAACACCGACGGGGAAAACUGCGAGGUGUGCGCCCGCGGGUUCUACGGGAACGCCUUGGCUGGGACCCCGGAGGACUGUAGACCCUGCGGGUGUCCAGACAACGGACCCUGCGUCCAGCUGGACGAGGAGGUCACCAUGUGCACCGAGUGUCCCGCCGGAUACUCGGGCCCCAAGUGCGACUUGUGCUCCGACGGGUACUUCGGUGACCCCCGAGGUCGAUUCGGGCCUCCUAGCCAGUGCCUGCCGUGCGACUGCAACGAAAACAUUGACCCCAAUGCAAUCGGGAACUGCAACAGCACCUCCGGGGAGUGUCUGAGGUGCAUUUACAACACCGGCGGGCGUAGGUGCGAGGUGUGUCUUCCAGGUUUCUUCGGGAACGCUCUGGUGCUCCCCAAGGGGGAUUGCAAGAGGUGCCAGUGCCACCCGUUAGGGACCAUCGAGGACCCCGAGGAGGGAGAACCCCGCUGCGACCAAACGACCGGCGCGUGCGCCUGCAAGGACCACGUGAUCGGCACCAAUUGUGACCAAUGCGAAACCGGCUAUUUUAAGCUGCUUAGUGGGGAGGGGUGUCACAGCUGCAACUGCGACCCCAUCGGGGCCUUUAACCAGUCAUGUGAUUUGGUUACUGGGCAAUGUUUUUGUAGAGUGGGGGUCACCGGGUUGAGGUGCGACCAUUGCGAGGCCAGGAAGUACGGGUUUUCUCUGGAAGGGUGUAGGGAGUGCGAGUGUGACGUUAUAGGGUCCAGAGAUCUUCAGUGCGAUCCCUCUGGACAGUGCCCUUGUCUGGAUAACGUCGAGGGGAGGAAGUGCGACAGGUGCAAGGAAAAUACUUAUGACAGAAAGAGAGGCUGCGUAGACUGUCCGGACUGCUACAGCCUAAUUCAGGACGUUUACAAGAACCACUCACGAAAACUGGACAGUCUAAGUGAGGUUUUAAACGAAGUGGAGCAACAACCGACGGUGGUGGACGACGAUGAGUUUCCAGACGAACUGGACAAACUGGACAAGGAAAUCGACGAGUUUUACGAUCAAGUGAAGGUGGCCACCGGGGUCAACAGCAUUUUCGACGAAAUCCCGAAAAUCCAGGAGCGCCAGAAGGACGUGGCGCGCACCCUCGAGGAAAUCUCCGAAAACAUCUUCAACACCAAGGAGAAUACACACAAGGCAGAGCAAAACUUGGACUACUCAGAAGAGCUGCUCAUCGAACUGGAAGAGCAGACGCUCCAGGUGCAAGAAACCUUCGAAACAGAAGGCGAAAAAGCCCUAGAACAGGCCAAAGAGAGAUCCAAGAUCGUCGGUCAGCAUUCGGAGACCAUGACCAAAAUCGCCAAAGAGGCAAGAGAAAUCGCCGACAGCUUAGACCAGCGAGCCGAAGAAGCGGUGGCAAAAGCAAAAUCGGCUAAAAACGCUUCGAUAGAGGGUUACGAGAGGCUGAAGAACACCCACGCCAUGCAGCAAAACGUCAGCGAGGAGGCGAGAAAGUUGAGGUCGGAAGUGCUUAAGGCGGAACUGAAACUGAACAGAACCACCGAGUGGACCAAGCACGUCAGUGAGGAGGCGGGCAAAGUGAAAAACGACGCCCUGGCCUUACUGAACGACGUGAACAACCUCGGGGUACCCCAGGUGGAUGUCCGGGCCCUCAAAGUGGGCUCUAGUGAUUUAAGAGAGGAGGCUUCUCGGUUGAGGAAUAAGUCCAGUAAAGUAACCCAGGAUGCUGAGGAAAUCAGGAGGACUAUAGAGGAGAAAGAGUCCCAAGGGAGAGAGUUGCUGGAAACGGCCCUGGAACAACAGGAGAGUAUUGAAAAUUUGAAGAACGACGUGGAUUUCUGUGAGGCGCAGGCCAACCAGGCGGUAAGUCUUUGGAACGAGAUCCUUGGAAGGGCUCAGAGCAAUUUCGAGAUCCUUACAAAAUUCGACUCGCAGACCCAAGAAUCAAAAUCCAGAGCCGAACAAUCCUUGCGAACCAUUCCAGAGAUUGAGCAAAUCAUCCAAAAAACCAAGGAACAGAUCGACGAAGCGGAGGGCACUUUGCAGGACGCGCAGCUGAGCGCUGACUACGCCCUAAAGAAAGCUAUUGAAGCUGACCAGUUAGCGAAAAACGCCUCCGGUCAAACCAUUAAGGUGAAACAGGAAGCUGAGCUGCUGCAAAAGAACACCACCUUCCUCGCGGACGAAGCUGGUUUCAUGUUCGACAGGGUGCUGAACACUGAGGCCGAACUGAAGAACCUCGUUGAUAAAUCGCGUAGCAACGGAACCCUAGUGCAAGAAGCCAAAGAGAAAGUUGGCAGGGCCGGAAAAGACACCAACUCGGCCCAAUCCAGAGUUUCGGCUCUUUUAAACGACGUGGAGUCCAUUAUAUUCGAGUUGCAGCACACCCCGGACAUCGACGAGGAGGAUCUCGCUAGGUUGGAGCGGGAGAUGCAGGAAGCGGAAGAAAAACUGAAGGAGACGAGGCUGGAGGAGCGUCUGGAGGAGCUGCAAAAGCAGCACAAGAUCCAGAACGACCUGAUCCAGAGUUACAAGGAGCAGAUCAAGUUGCUCGAGGGUGACGUGAAUAAUAUCGAGCAGAUUGUGAACUCUUUGCCGGAUAAUUACGAGUGUUUUAGGAAUGUGGAGCUGGAGCCGUGAUGUUUAGGCGCGGAGGGAUGUAUUUUAGCCAAAGAGUGAUUAAACAUUAAUUAUUUGAUAAUAAAGAUACGUUUAUAGCUUGUGUAUAGGUGAUUUUGUCAGGUUUUGAUGUUAAAAGUGUAUAUUUUCUGUAGGAAAACUGGGACAAACAUAUAAUUCCCUUAAGAACCUGUGCUAUGGAAAUCUGGAUUUAGGGAUCACUUGAAUGAAUUUAUAAAAAUUAUUUAAUAAAUAGUAAAAUGGG